GGGUUUUAAGAAAAUUUCUGAAGCUUCUGUAGCAGUUUGAUUAGACAUUUGUGAAAAUCCUCUGUGUAGAAACUCUUUUUUUCUGUAUUACUAUAAAAAGCCAAACACUGACUCAGGUACUGAUUCUGUUUUAGGGUGUACCUCCUGACUGGACCAUCAUGAUGAGAUUCUCUCUACUUGUUUGCCUUUUUGUGCUGUGGAUGAACAUGGACGUUUCAUUGUCGCAGAAUGAUCCUUUGGGCUGCGGGAUACCUCCACCACUUGCAGAUGGAGACGCUGUGGAGUCGGUUCGAUUCACGUACAGUCAUGGUGAAAUGGUUAAAUACACCUGUCAGGGUCUUUACACCAUGGAGGGGGAGCUUUACAAAACCUGCGAGAAUGGUGAAUGGACUGGAGAGAUGAGAUGCCUGAAACCCUGCGUUGUGAGUAAAGAAAUCAUGGACGGACAUAAUAUUGUCUUCAGAUUCACGCAAAGGCAGAAGCUGUAUUUACGCCAUAAUGAUGAUGUCCAGUUCAGGUGUAAGGGACAAACGAGACAUGACCUCGUAUUGAGCAUGCGUCAGAGAUGUGUUGACGGUGUGAUGCAACUGCCCGAUUGCUUUUAAAGGUUUUUAGUCAAUUGGAUGUGAUAAACACGAGCAGUUUAUCACAUAAUUAUUAUUGGUUAUUAAAUGCUAAGAGCUGUUUGUCUUUGGAUGUGUCCACUGAUUCAUCCGACUGGAGUGCAAAUGUGUCUGCUGUUUGUAGUUUCUCAAUUAUCUUCACCCUCACAUUCACCAUUAUUUUGGUGAAAAUUGUCAAUUAUUGUGACAAAAAUUGGCGGAUCUCCUGCAGUACCUCUGAGGACCCCCUAGGGCUCACGGACCCCUGGUUGAAGACCUCUGAUGUAAAUUAUUAACCAAAGUAAAACAUUAGACCAGUUGUGUAUUGAUUGAUUUGGAAAUCCUAAUAAAACAUGGUACCAGUCAAAAGUCUGAACAUA